CCCUAAUCCUUUUUCUGCAGUAUACUCUUCAAACGCUCUGCCUUCCCGCACGCAGCUUCUUUAACUCUUUUCAGGUACAUUUGGCGAUAGAGAGUGAGAAGUUUGCUACAGUGAAGAUAUGGCUCUGGUCCUACAUGCGAGUAGUACAAACAAGAAUGGCCAGAAGGCACUCAUUGCUGCAGAAUACAGUGAUGUAAAAAUUGAACUUGUAAAGAAUUUUGAGAUGGGUGUAUCCAACAAGACUCCCGAGUUUCUCAAAAUGAAUCCUAUUGGAAAGGUUCCUGUACUUGAAACUUCUGAUGGCCCAUUAUUUGAAAGCAAUGCUAUUGCUCGAUAUGUUACUCGGCUGAAGGCUGACAACCCCCUGUAUGGCACUUCCUUGAUUGACUAUGGCCGCAUUGAGCAAUGGAUUGAUUUUGCCACUGCCGAGAUUGAUGUUAAUAUCGGGCGUUGGUUAUACCCACGAUUUGGUAUUGCCGUAUAUCUUCCUCCGGCUGAAGAAGCUGCAAUUGCUGCAUUGAAAAGGGCUCUCGGAGCUUUGAACACCCAUCUUACCUCUAAUACAUACUUGGUUGGUCAUGGAAUCACAUUGGCUGACAUUAUUAUGACAUGCAACCUGAGUGUUGGAUUUAAGGUUAUCAUGACUAAGAGCUUUACAUCAGAAUUCCCUCAUGUGGAGAGAUACUUCUGGACCAUGGUUAAUCAGCCAAAAUUUCACAAAAUAUUGGGUGAUCUGAAACAAGCAGAAUCUGUUCCUCCUGUUGCAUCCAAGAAGCCUGCAGAGACUAAAGAAUCUGCAAAACCCAAGCCAAAGGAAGAACCAAAGAAAGAGGCUAAGAAAGAAGAAGUGAAGCCGAAAGAGGUAGCAGCUGAGGAAGAAGAAGCACCGAAGCCAAAGCCUAAGAAUCCUUUGGAUCUUUUACCUCCAAGUAAGAUGAUUCUGGAUGAAUGGAAGAGGCUGUACUCUAACACAAAAACUAACUUCCGUGAGGUUGCCAUAAAAGGAUUCUGGGACAUGUUUGAUGCCGAGGGAUAUUCUCUUUGGUUUUGCAACUACAAGUACAAUGAUGAGAACACAGUUUCUUUUGUGACUUUGAACAAGGUGAGUGGCUUUUUGCAGCGAAUGGAUCUGGCCCGCAAAUAUGCCUUUGGGAAGAUGUUGAUCAUUGGUUCCGAGCCCCCAUACAAGGUGAAGGGAUUAUGGCUUUUCCGCGGUAAAGAAAUUCCUCAGUUUGUUCUUGACGAGUGUUAUGACAUGGAGCUCUAUGAGUGGACCCAGGUCGACCUCAACGAUGAAGCUCAAAAGGAACGUGUCAACCAGAUGAUUGAAGAUGCAGAGCCUUUCGAGGGUGAGGCUCUGCUCGAUGCGAAGUGCUUCAAAUGAAGAUACUUUAACCAUAUUCCUGCGCGUUCGUGCAGUUUUGAGGUUGUAGCCUACCUUAUUUUUGUCAUCCGGAAUUCUAGGUCUCAUCCCUGAUACAAUGCAGAGUUGGUCAAAAUUGUCUUUUUGUUAUUGCAUUGUGUUUUUUUGCUUAUAUUUUGAUUCCUUGUGAUCGUGUUCUGGACCUUGUUAUAUUUAAAUUCAAAAGGAAACAUUUGGUUUUAAAGGUUUCCUUGCUAGUUAGUGA